UUUUGGAGCUCGAAUUUCGAUUUCGAACCCUAUUUUCUUUUCACAAUUCGAUUUUACCCAAAUUCUGCAAUAUUUUUACCUCUCAAUUGAUGCCACUUCUCUCUGUCAUAAAUUCUAGGGUUUAUUUACCUUACUUCAAUUGAUUUCUUCCCUUUUUUUGAGGUUAUUUGAGCAAGAUUUUUUCUAAUCUUCUGUUGUGUCCAUUAAUCAUGGUUCGAAGCGUGAAAGGUGAACCGAGUGGUGGUGAGAGUAAAGUUAAUGGUGUUAGGCGGAGGAAGAGGGAAGAGAGUGAUCGUAAUGAAGGAGAUGACGAGAAUAACGGUAAUGGAUUGGAGCGUAGGGUUCUUCGGUCUCGAUAUCUUGCUGUCAAGAACCUGAUAAGCGUCAAGAGAGAUGAUAUUACAAAGGCUGAUUCGGACAAGUUUAACUCAAUCUUCGAUGAAGUUGAAUGCCUGCAUCAAUUGGUACAGAAGCCUAGGGAGCAAGUUGCUGAUGCGGAGGCCUUAUUGGACAUCACUAAUACAUUGAUGACCUCUGUUAAGGCCCAAACUAGUGAAGGAGUGACCGCAGCUGAUUUUGUAUCUUGUCUACUGAAGGACUUCGGACAACUUGGUGGAGGAAGUGAUGGUGCUGAGGGAACUAGGAACUCUAUUAGGUGGAAGGAGAUUGGUUCUUCAGUAUCUCAUGUUUUUCUCAAGGGUGAUGGAUGCUGCACGAUGCUUGGACCAAUGAAUUCUGAAGUCAAGCAACGAAAGGCUGUUGUCCAUAGAAAGCAUACAAGACCAACUGAAAAAGCUCGGCCUGAAGAGCUUGCUGGAAGUUCUAAAGAAGAGAAGACGGACACUGAUAAGAACAUGGCAACCAUGUUUAAUGUGUUGAGAAAGAAUAAAACUGUCAAACUUGAAAGUCUAGUGUUGAAUAGAAGCUCAUUCGCACAGACUGUUGAAAACCUAUUUGCAUUGUCCUUUCUUGCUAAAGAUGGCCGAGCUGAAAUAAAAGUUGAUGAGAAAGGUUGUCAUCUAGUGGUACCAAAGAAUGCUCCAGCUGCCAAUGCAGUUGCUUCGAAGGAGGUUUCAUACAGUCAUUUUAUCUUCAGAUUUGAUUUCAGAGAUUGGAAGUUGAUGCUGGACUCGGUUGCUCCUGGAGACGAACUCAUGCCAAACAGGAAUCCAGCCUAUGAUGCAUCACCUAAUUCUCAACGAGAAUCCGCUUCAGAUGAAAAUGGAACGGUUUUGCCGACAACACCAAUUAGGAAGUUCUGCAGGAACCGUGGUUUGGUUCUACAAGAACAAACGGUUGUUGAAGACUCGCCUGAAAGUGGUGAUUCUAGAUCAAGAGCGGCUGCGAUUCGUAGAGGGAAACGGAAACUUAGGUAAGGAAGUUGCAACACAAAAUCCAAUUCCGUUUUGGUGAGCAUCGUGUACAUUCUUGUCAACAUUGAAGUGGGAGGUUAGUACUAACUCUUAAAGAGUAAAUUUUAGCAUCAAUAGACUGACUUUAUUGGUUGAUUAAACCUGUUCUAGCAGUUCUGUAUUUAUUUUCAACUGCUUGGUGGUAGAGAGAGAUCAUAUUUUGCAUUUGGUUUGCCUACAAGGGUUGUAUUGUCGAUUUGUGGUUUUCUUAGUUUGCAUACGGAUAA